AUGUCCGGUGACAACAACGGUCUUCGCGAUUCAUUCAAAGCCUUCGUCGUUUUGUACGUAUGCAUUUUUCAGAAGCAUGCAAUUAUUUUAGAUCAUGAGGUUUUGGUAACGGAAGGCAUCGUGGACUCUUUAUCUCAAGCUCUGUUAGAGGGGCGUCCCUCCGGCUCUCUACUCCUAACUCCACAACAAUUGCAGCAACUGCAAAGAUUUCAAGUUGCUCAGGAGCAGGCGGGAGGUGCCUUAACCCUCACACUACAGCAGGGAGGUAGUGGGGUGGCGCCCCAGUUGGUACUGGCUCCUCAGGGUUUCUUGACAGCUGGAGGGGGGUCAGGUCAACCAACUGCAGAACAUAUUUUGCAUACAUCACAACAAAUUGGUCAUACUAGUAUUCAGCAUGUACUACAAAGCAGUAUUAGCCAUGUACGGCAAGCUAGCAUUUUGCAGUCGAGUCUUCAACUCCCUGCGACACAUACUACCCAGGUUACUAAUACAGGUGAACUUCGGAACUGCAGUGAUAAGGCAGUCGGUUCCCCUGUUACGAGCGUUGGAACACCAACAUCGCCCUUUUCACCCCGUUCACUCACCCCUUCCCCUUCUCCGACCCAAAGGGUUGUCACUCCUCAACCCCCUGUUCUUCAGCUCUUUCACCAACAGGCUACAACACGCAAUGCUGUUCAAAACAGUGUUGCAGCCCAGGCUGCAAUAAAGGCGAAACAGCCCCCUCAAAUACUUCCCAAGCCUCCCGGUAGUGGUGGGAGUUUGACAGCUUCCAACACAGUCACAAAGUCUGCCCAAACUGUUGCACCACAACAAAACCAAAUUCCCCAACAAGGAACUUUAUUGCUCAAUCAAGUGCUUCCAAAUGGUGCUGUGCUUGUGCAGCAACAGACGAGCAGUGGAGUGCAACUGAUUUUAAAAUCGCCUCCGCCUCAAAGUCAGGGAAAACCGGGGUUAGUCUUGGCGAAUGGAGGGAUUCAGCCUCAAGCAGUCAUAGUCCAAGGAAGGACACAAGCACAUCAGGUGUUGAGGUUCGUGCCUAGUCAAGUGCAGCUGCAGCAGAUUCAAACUUCAUCCGGUCCGACUAUCAUUGCUGUACCUUCGCCAGCUCCUCCCAGGACGGCGACUCCGUCUCAGCCCAGCCCCCUUGCACUGGCGCAGAAAAAGAUCAAAAAGAAGAAGAAAAAGGAAGAUGAGCCCACUAGGCUGGACCUUGCCAAUCUCAUCAAAAUUUCAGGCAUUGAUGAAGAAGACGUUAGCCCUGUGGUUGUACAAGGGCAGGCAUCGACUCAAAAUAAAACUACUUCAACUUCACCAAGGCCUUCUACUCCGAAACAGCAGUUACAGCAAGCACAAAUACAACAACACGCUAUACAGCAACAACAGCAGUUGCAACAACAGGUCCAACACAAUCAGCUUCAGUCUCAAAUUCAGAAACAGAUAAACCCGUCCCAACUUUUAGCACAAUUACAGACUCCAGCCCAGGUUUGUUAA